AUGAUGCUACAACUUGUGAGUACAGUUUUAUUGUUAAUUGUAUAUAAAGGAGAUGCUCAGAACCCUGGAUUUCAGACAACAAUCAGCAAGGGUCUAGACUACAUUAGACAAGUUGGAAUUCCCAUUUUGGAACAACAACUUGCGUCAGUGACAAUUCCCGAUGUUUCAGGAUCAGCGGGUACUCCUAUUGGAUCCGUUGAUUAUGAUCUCACCAGGCCACAUAUCAGUGACUCUGGAACACUUGAUAUGUCAGUUAGUAAUGUUGGACUAUCCAUUAGUAUUAUAGUAGGUAAAGAUAAUAAUGACCACCCUACUCUCAAGACAACAGGCUGUUCUUUAUCUGUUGGUAGUUUGAGCGUCAAAUUUCAUGGAGGUGCCAGUUGGUUGUAUAACCUUUUCUCUGGUAGCAUUGCUAACUCUGUGAAGAAAAGUAUGCAAGGACAGGGGGAAUUUUUUUCCAUUACCAAACCUGUUGAAGCACCCUUUUCACCUCCAGUACUUCCAGCUGUUAAUUCUACUGACAAAAUGAUGUAUGUUUGGUUAACAGAUUAUAUUGCUAAUACAGCAGGUGUGGUCUAUCAGACAAGUGGUAUAAUGAAAUUCACAGUCACUCCAGAUAUGGUCCCUUCAAAUCUUCCAAUAAAACUCAACACUGAAUCAUUUAAAGUUUUUAUACCACAGCUCUACAAUGCAUAUCCUAAUAUGCCAAUGCAGCUGAUAUUAAAUGCUACCAAACCUCCAGUUCUCAAAGUUGAUCCCACUAUUGCAACAUUUACAGUUGUAGGCAAUGUUGAUGUAGAUGUUAUAAAAAGUGAUAAGAGUGUUGUCAAUGCAUUUGUCCUUGGACUGUAUAUGCCAAUGCCGGGCUUGUGA